CGUGCAACAAGCAUAUUGGGAACUGAAGAGAGAAAUGUCUAAUUUGCGCCUGGUGACUGACGUGCAGGCUGAGGUUCUACGAAAACUGAAAACCAACCCAACAGCGACCAAGAAAGCUGCCUGUACCACACCAGUACAGUGUGUUGACUUGAACAUUUCAAAGCUGAACUUGACAUCUGGGGCAGUCUAUAAAAAACCCUGUGAGAAGGCUGAAGUACUCUGCGAUGCCGUGUGCCCCCCUCUGCCCCGGGAUGGAAAGACCCCACCCGAAAGGGUGGCUCUGCAGGCACGGACAGAUGAGAGACCCGUUCCAGCCAACGGCAAAACCUUUCAGGAACACCAUUCUUACGGAAAGAGCUCUCUGGAGGAUAACUCCUGGGUAUUCCCAAGUCCUCCAAAGCCCAAUGAGAAUGUCUUUUGGGAAAUGAGAAACAAAACAACUUUGUUAAACUGUCCAGCAGAUUACCUGGAUCGGUGUAACCAAAACUGUCUGCACAAGAGCUAA